CAAGAAAACGCCAUAAUUUUCUUCUUUUCACUGUUUCACAGUUUUGAAUAACCCUCUGAUUUUCACUUCUAGGUUUUCAUUUUUACUUCAAUUGAAGCUGAAAAUCAGAGUCUCAGAGCUGAUUUCAAAAUUGAAAUAAAAAAGAAACCCUAGUUUUCAUUUAUUUCGAAAAUUUCAUGAAAGAUUGGGAAUUUGUUACAAGAUGAUAGUUAGAACUUAUGGUCGUAGGAAAAGUGGAUUAACAAGGAGUUACUCUGAUUCAGAUUUUAAUGAAGAUGUUGGUUUUGAUGAUAGUUUAAAUUUCAGAGAGUCUUUAUCUCAAGAAGCUUCUUACAGCGUUGGGUUUUCGUCACAAGAUUCAACUACUUGGAAUUUCGAUUCUGAAAUUUAUGGUUCUCAACAAUCACUAUCUCUACUUCCUCCAAGAAUUCCUGAGUCAUUAUCGCAAGGUGAUACGAGAAAGUCGAAGAAACCUAGAAAAAACCUAAAAAGGGAAUUGAAACAAUUUGGUGAUGUGAAACCUUCAAAUUCAAAAGGGGUGGGGGUUAGGUCAUUUUCUUCACUUACCACGAGUACUUUAAUGGAAGCACAAGAGUCCGGAGAGAUGAUGGAACAUGUUGAUGAAGUGAGUUAUGCUUUGGAUGGACUUAGAAAGGGGCAACCAUCUCGGAUCCGUCGUGCUAGUUUAUUAGCUCUCUUAACGAUUUGCGCAACUGCAUCUCAACGUCGUCUACUUCGAACUCAAGGGAUGGCGAAGACAAUAAUUGACUCUAUUCUAGCUCUCAGUUUCGAUGAUUCUCCCAGCAAUCUUGCUGCAGCUGCUCUUUUUUAUAUUUUGGCAAGUGAUGGUCAAGAUGAUCAACUUUUGGAUUCACCUGUUUGUAUUCGCUUUCUUCUUAACCUAUUACGUCCAUCCACACGGGUUAAGAUCGAAGACAAACUGCCUACUAUUGGUGGUAAGCUUCUAGGAUUACAUCGGAGUACUGUCACUUUGGAAGAUAGAACUGAAACGUUAGAUGCCAGCUCCACUGCAAUUAUCUCAAAAGUUCAAGAUAUUCUUUUAAGUAGUCAGGAGAUAGAGUCAAGUAACAGGGUUGAUGAUGGUAUUGGGAGGCCAGAGUUGACUCCUAAGUGGAUAGCUUUGUUGACGAUGGAGAAAGCGUGCUUAUCUACAGUUUCUCUUGAAGACACAUAUGGUACAUUUGGAAGAUCUGGAGGAAGUUUUAAGGAACGAUUACGGGAGCUUGGAGGUCUUGAUGCUGUAUUUGAUGUAGCUCGGAAUUGUUAUUCCGUUAUGGAGGUCUGGUCAAGAAAAACUAUGCCUUCCGCCAGGGAAUUAAAAGAUGAAGGGGCAUUAGAGACUGUAGUGCUGCUACUGAAAUGUUUAAAGAUCAUGGAGAAUGCCACGUUUCUAAGUAAAGAUAAUCAGGUUCACUUGCUUGGGAUGAAAGGGAAAUCAGACUUUGGGGGAUCCUCCAUUUCUUUUAUAAAUCUCAUGAUAAGUCUCAUCAGAAUUCUUUCAGGUCUUUCCUUGGAUCUGAAGUCUCCCAUUUACUCUGGUAAUGGGCCUCAUGGUCACGCUUCCAAGAUUAUGUUGAAGGAAGACAGGCACUUUGAUCCGGAUGGAAUUGUAUCUAGCAGUUCAUCUGGAAGGUGCUGUGGCACCGAUAAGGCUUCUCAAGACAGCUUCAAUGUAUCUCAGAAAUUCCCAAGAUUGUCUACUUCUCCGUCAGUCAUUUAUGUGUCUAGUUCUGAAACUACAUCGAGAUCAGUUAGUGGAACAUCAAAGAGUUCACAUUGUGGGGUAGGCAGAAAAAUUAAUGGUUUGAAGAUGAGUGCUAGUCUUAGUAAGAGACCUACAGUUACCAAAACCAGCAAGUGCAUAAAUUUAGAUGACAGCGAAGAUUCAUUUGCAUUUAAUGAAACAUCAAAACUUUCCGAUAGGGGAGCUGGCCUAAAAGUUAAUGGUCUAGAGGUCAGUGCCGGUCUGAGUAAAAAACCUAGUGUUGCCAAAGACAGUGAGUGCAUAAAUUUAGAUGAUAGUGAAGAUCCAUUUGCGUUUAAUGAAACAUCAAGUUGUUCAAAUGGUGGAGUAGGCAUGAAAAUCAAUGGUCUCAAGAUGAGUGUUGGUCUGACUAAGAGAUCUAGUGUUACGGAGAACAUUGAGUGCAUAAAUCUAGAUGACAGCCAAGAUCCAUUUGCAUUUGACGAAGAAGAGUUUAAACCAUCAAAGUGGGAUAAGUUACCGAAGAAUAAAGUAAUUCGAACACAGAAAAGCAGAAAAUCAGUUAGAGAGUUCAAUGACGUUUGUGAACCGAUGCUUAUAUCCAGCCAAAGUGAGACUAGUAGGGAGGAAAAUUGUCAUUCUUGCGAGAUCACUGAACCACCUGCAGUUGAAGGAGGAAAUCCGGACCUUUUAUCAGAUUGUCUUCUUAGUGCUGUGAAGGUUUUGAUGAACUUAACGAACGACAAUCCUUUAGGAUGUCAGCAAAUUGCUGCAUGUGAAGGACUCGAAACAUUGUCUAAGUUGAUCGUUGGGCAUUUUCCAUCAUUCACUGCAUGCAUAUACUUAUGCAAGCAGACAAAGGACAACAAUACGCCACAGAGUCAGAAAGACAGGCACUUGACAGAUCAAGAGUUAGACCUUCUUGUAGCUAUUCUGGGCUUACUUGUGAACUUGGUGGAGAAAGAUGGUCAAAACAGAUCCCAGCUUGCGUCUACAAGUGUCUCACUACUGACAUCCGGAGAAUCAGAAGAGACGGAAACCCACACUGAUGUAAUUCCACUUCUUUGCUCUAUCUUUUUGGCCAACCACGGCGCAGGUGAAGCAGCUGAAGCAGCUGAAGAUGGAAAUCAAUUGACAUGGAGUGAAGAGGCUGCUGUUCAACAAGGUGAACAUGAAGCUGAGAAGAUGAUCAUAGAGGCUUAUGCAGCUUUGCUUCUUGCCUUCCUUUCAACAGAGAGUAAAAAUGUGCGUGAAGCUAUUUCCAGCUGCCUUCCUGAUCAUAGUUUGGAGAUUCUUGUGCCUGUGUUGGAACGAUUUGUGGCGUUUCAUCUGACACUGAACAUGAUAUCACCGGACACACAUGCUGUUGUAAGCGAAGUAAUUGAAUCUUGCAGGAGGAGUUGAGAGUAUAAAAGCCAACCCUAGUUGUAACCUGGGCCAGUCCAUCUCUCUGUUGUAUUUAAAGGUGGCCUCAACCAGCAGUAAAAUUUGACAAGCCUGUAUUUCUUCUAGUCAGAUCAUUUGUGUUUCUUUUGUCCAUUAUUUUUUGUACGUGUUUCACCAUCUCGGUGUAUGAUGUGUUUGUACACCCGCUAGACGGAUAAUUGUAUACAAAAGAACAAUAAGGAAAUUAUAACUGUUUUCCUCUUUUUUCUUUUCGAACCUCCA